CUUUAGGAUUUGAAAGCAAGAUACACUUGUUCUUUUUAUUUAGAUCGAAGAUUUAUCUGGACUGGUUGGGGUACUAUAUUCCAGUCACUCUUUCUCUCUCUCUCUCUCUUACUUUUCACUCUUUCUCGAGUAUACAUCUAUAUACCAGUCCUAUCCCUCUCUAUACUACUACUACUCUACAACCACCACAAACCAUACUCCUCAAUACAUACAAAAUGCAUCUCCACACAGACCUCGACGUCGACACCACCACCACCCCCUCCACCCUCAUCAACAUCACCACCGCCACUUCAGCAACCAAACCCACUACAACCACCACAACAACUCUUACCGAACUCACCUCCACAACCCCAUCCCCACUCCCCACAACCGCCCUCACCAGUGGUACCGCUAAACCCCUCUACUUCGCCUAUGGCUCCAACCUCUCCCCCACGCAAAUGGCCUCCCGCUGCACCGCCCUACCCUCCUCCUCCAUCCCGCUCGCCAUCGCCCGCCUCCCAAAAUGGCGCUGGCUGAUCCACGAGGGCGGCUACGCCAACGUUGUGCCCCCCGCUGAGAUGUGCGUCUCGAAGCAGCAAGCCGAGUGCAUCUCGACCGGCGAGGUGGGUGUUGCGGGCGGUCCUGACGAGGAUGCCGUGUACGGUGUGUUAUAUGAUAUGGGAGAGGAGGAUGAGAGGAUUCUCGAUGGGUUUGAGGGCGUGGAUUAUUCGGCUCCGGAUGCUGCCGAGGAAGAUAUGGUGGAGGGCAUGGUGAGGGAGAAGGAGCAGGGUCAUGGGAGUUAUAACAAGUGGGUUGUCGAGGCGGAGGUGGUUAAGUGGAUGAAUGUUGAUGGGAAUGAGGCCAAGACAGUGCCGGUCUUGGUGUAUGUGGAUGAGGUGAGGGUGCGGAAUGGUCCACCCAAGGCGGAGUAUGUGCCCAGGAUGAAUCGGGCGAUUCGUGAGUCGGUGGUCCUUGGGUUGCCUGCUAAGUGGGCAGAGGAGGUUAUGAGGCCGGCUAUUCCGUUGAACUAGCUGGGUUGGUAUAGACUAGACAUAGAUCUUGUGCUAGAUCUUCUAUAAUAUAAGCAUAGCGUAUUAUUACAUUUCAUGGUGUCAUUGCUAUUUCAUAGUCUAUGCAAAAAUGUUAAAGUUCCA